AUGAAUGAUUCGGGUACGAGGAAACGAAAGAUUCAAAAUACAGUUGAAGAGCGAAUCAUUCCUAAACCAGGAAGGGAGUCAAGUUCGCGAUCAUGUAUUACCCUUGACACCGUUUUCACAAGAAUCCUAGGUCAUCUUGGUCAUAUACCACUUUCUAGAUCCCAUCUGCAUAGUGAACCCAUUCCAACUAAUGGAAACCAGUAUGAGACACCUAAAGGUCAAGCGUUAUGUUCUCCCAAUUCUUCGGCUUCCGUUAAGCGGAAGUACAUGAGCACCGUAAAAGAAAACAGUAAUCCCAACAUUGCAACCUUUCAGAGUCCUGAGUCAUGCGUAACACCUUUAUCUCAAGCAAUAUCCAGGAAAGCUGGAGUUCGAAAAAGAAUGCAUCAGCAAGAGAGUCCAAUAAUUCCCAGAAGCUUGGAUUACACUCCAACUCCUACGAGGAUUAGAAAACAGAUAGAAAAAGGUCCUAAAACAAGAGACCCUGGAAAAAAACAGAGAACGGAUAAAAUUGCAAAGGGCGUAGACAAUGUUUUGCAAGAUAUCACAAACUUGAAUUAUACAACACGCUCAUCUUCUGUUGACAAUGGAGUCCCAAUGGAGACGCCCAUUCAUGAUAUAUUUGUGGAAGAAGAAAAUACAAACCAGCAAGAUGUCUCAUAUCCUGUAGAAGAAUACGACGAAGGAGAUAUCCGACAUAUCCUUGAAUGUAGUAGUGGAGAAUCUACUGAUGACGAAGAGAAUCCUAAAGUUAUCACAAUUAACGAACCCGUUCACCAUCAUGGUCCAUAUGGUCCGAAAACAGUGGAGACUGAUAAUUUAGAAGCAGUUGCGCCCAUAACAAAUUCUAGGAGAAAGGGCGUGGGGAGCAAUAAUAGAUCAAACUCGGCCAUAUAUAAGAAGAGGAAGAAAGCGAAUACAGAGGAGAAAGAUAAAAUUGUAUACAACGACGAGGGUGAUAUGAACUAUAAAUGUCAGUAUUGUAAUGCCAAAUUCUGGUAUGGAGAACGCCUUAACAGAAAACGUAGAACAAAGAAUCCUACAUUUUCUUUGUGUUGUUCCCAGGGUCAGGUUAAACUCCCUCCGCUAAAGGAGCCUCCAGCAGCAAUUAAGAAACUUAUUUAUGAUUCUGAUCCUCUAAGUAGACAUUUUCAAAAAAAUAUGAGGCCUUACAACAUGAGUUUCUCUCUGACUUCACUCGGUGGAAAAUUUGACCGUUCCGUGAAAAAAGGAAAGGGGCCACAGAUGUUCCAACUUCAUGGGGAAAACUAUCACCUUAUGGGGAGCAUGGUCCCGGAACCUGGUCAAGAUCCAAAAUUUUAUCAGAUGUAUAUUGUGGACAUGGAAAAUGAGUUGGAGAACAGACUCACCUUCCUAAGCAAGGCGAAAAAUGCCGGAGCCACAACGAAGCAGAACAAACUGAGGAAGAAAUCAUUGCAUCAAUCACCAAUGCCCUGA